CUUAGCUAGGUUUUAUCUGAACACCCAAGAAAAAAAAAUGUCAGCUUUAAGAAUCCCAUGAAGAACCCCCCCCCAAAAAAAAAACCUAGCCCUUUAACAAGUAUAUAUAGCCCCUCCCAUCCCAAACACCUAAAUCACCAAUUGCACUAACAAACUUAUUGAUUUAGCUACUACUUUUCUUUCACUCAAAGCCCUUUAUUUUCUAAGGAGGGAUAAAAAAUGAGCUGGACAGGAGGAGAUUGGAUGUGUGCAGCAUGCCAACACCAGAAUUUCAGAAAGAGAGAAGCGUGCCAACGUUGCGGGUAUCCUAAGUAUGGUGGCCCUGAUGUAUCGACUUACUUGUACAACAGGACCGAAGCUUUGGCCGGUGACUGGUAUUGCGUUGCCAUGAACUGUGGAGCUCACAACUACGCUAGCCGACCAAACUGCUAUCGAUGUGGUACCAUGAAAACCGACUAUGGUGGUUACACUGUGAUGGGGUCCGAAAGCAGUGCCCCACCUGGGUGGAAAACUGGUGACUGGAUGUGCACCAGAUAUGGGUGUGGAGUUCACAAUUACGCUAGCAGGCUUGAAUGCUUCAAAUGCAAGACACCAAGGGAGUUUGAUGGUGCUUAGGAUAUUCAAGAAGAACAUGGUAUGCAAUGUCGCAAAUUUUCCAUCAUCAGUUUCUGUUUUGGAAUCAAAUAACAUAUAGAUAGAUAGAUAGAUUAACCAAAGGUGAAGGCCUUUUUUACCAAGAAUAGCUCAUAUGUAAACUGCACUGAUCAGCAGAAGAGGUUUCAGGCUUUAUGAACAUGAAGCUUUGAGAUUAAUUUUUCUAAUGGAAAAUAAUAUCUUUGUUUCAGCCUGUGGGUGUAUGUAUGAAUGUGGGGAAACCCAUAAUUGAAUACUACUACAUUUUUGGGCUAA